AUGGCAGUGAAAUCAGUCAGUGCUAGUUACAUGGCAGUCAGUACUAGUAACAGGGAAGUCACUGCAGUCAGUGCUAGUAACAGGGCAGUCAGUAAUAUUAACAGGGCAGUCAUUUCUAGUAACAGGGCAGUCAAUGCAGUCAGUCCUAGUAACAAGGCAGUGAAAUCAGUCAGUGCUAGUAACAUAGCAGUCAGUACUAGUAACAGAGAAGUCACUGCAGUCAGUGCUAGUAACAGGGCAGUCAGUACUAGUAACAGGGCAGUCAGUUCUAGUAACAGAGCUGUCAAUGCAGUCAGUUCUAGUAAUAGGGCAGUCAGUACUAGUAACAGGACAGCCAGUGUUAAUAACAGAGCAGUCAAUGCAGUCAGUUCCAGUAACAGGGCAGUCAAUGCAGUCAGUCCUAGUAACAAGGCAGUGAAAUCAGUCAGUGCUAGUAACAUAGCAGUCAGUACUAGUAACAGAGAAGUCACUGCAGUCAGUGAGUAA